CCUUCUACUAGUCUUGUAGAUACGCCUAUUCUGUUUAUUCUAAAGAAGGGAGGCGAAUUACACUUUAUUAUCGACUAUCGUAUACUUAAUCACAUUACCUAUAAGAACUAUACUCCUAUUCCUCUAAUUAGCGAGAUCCUCAAUCGCCUAUCUUCU